AUGAAAGUCUGUGUCACUGGUGCAACUGGCUUUAUUGCAAGUCAUUUAAUUUAUCAACUCUUAUUAAAAGGUCAUCAAGUGAAUGUAACAGUUAGAAAUUAUCAAAAGAGUUUUACAGAAUUAUUCACUUCAUUAUUAGAUUAUGAUAAAAGAUUUGGUUUUAAUCAAUUGAGUGCAGAACAAUUAAAACACAAUUUAAUUGGUUUUCAAGCUGAUUUAACAAUAGAAGGUAGUUUUGAUAAGGCAGUUGAAGGAUGUCAAAUUGUAUUUCAUCCAGCUUCACCUUAUAUUUGGACAGUUGAAGAUCCACAACGUGAUUUAGUUGAUCCAGCAGUGAAUGGAACACUCACUUUAUUGAAGAGUUGUUUCAAGGAGAGAAGUAAACAAUCUGAUAAUGAUCCAAAUAGAUUGAGACGUAUCAUUAUGACCUCUUCAAUUGCUGCUCUAUGUGAUACUCCUAAAAAGGAUAAAGUUUAUGAUGAAAGAGAUUGGAAUGAUGAAUCUGCACUCAAUAAGAAUCCAUACUAUUAUUCUAAAUUAUGUGCUGAGAGAGAGGCAUGGAAAUUUAUGAAUGAAAUUGAACUUAAAUAUGGAGCUGACUUUUUAGAAUUUCUAACCAUUCUACCAAGUGCAACUAUUGGAAGACCAAUAUUUCCAAAUCAAGUCAAUCAAUCUUAUGAUAUGAUUACCAAGUUGACUAAUGGUGAUUUUCCAGCUAUUUUCAUGAUGACAUUUGUUUUUGUUUCAGUUAAGGAUAUUGCACUAGCUCAUAUAUUAGCAAUGGAACAUUCAGAUUGUUUUUCUCCAUCUAAAGGUGAAAGAUUUAUUGUCUGUGGUGAUUGUACUUCAACAAUGAAAGAUACAUGUGAAAUAUUGAAAGAACAAUUCACAGAUAUUGGUAAAUAUCCAUGGAUUAAGAAUAUUCCAUCACUUUCAUUGGAAGGUUCAGUUGGUAAUACAUUGGCUAGAUUUGCAGGUUUAUUUCAACCUAAAGGUGUUAGACAAUUACUUUCCAGUAAUAUUGGAAGAAAGACCAUGUUAAGUAAUCACAAGGUAAAACAAAGAUUCAGUAUGAAAUUCAUUGAUAGAGUUGAACCUAUUAGAGAGAGUGUUGAACAUUUACUUUCUUUAAAUUUAAUUAAACAAUAA